AGAUGUUGCUUCCGGUUCCACUCACUCCUUCCGAUCGUCAUGGCGACAGAGCGUCUUGGGGUGGAGGAGACGCUGGGGGCCCUUAAUGCAGCCCUGGGGCCCGGUGGCCGGGUGUGGAUCAAGGAGACGCGCGCGCGCCACCUGCGCGCCCGAGACUUCCUGGCGCCGCGACGUGCGCUGCAGGCGCGCUUCGAGGACGGACAGGUGCCGGAGAAUGUGUUCCGUGCCGUCGCUUGCCUGCAGGGCCCCGGCGUGGCCCCGGUGCUGCGCUGCGCGCCGACCCCCGCAGGGCUGUCGCUCCAGUUGCAGCGGCCCGCCGUCUUCGAGCGCGUGCUCGGCGCCGUGGCCGCCUAUGCCGCGCCCGCCUCGCCUGCCUUGCCUGGCCCACGCGUUCUGCUGCACUGCCCGGCGCUGCGCGGCUCCCCCAGCGAACUCCGCCUGAGCCAGCUGCGUACAGUGCUCGUGGCGGAUCACCUGGCGCGAGCUCUGCGCACUCAUGGAGCGUGUGUGCGUCUAUUGCCCGCUGUGCGGGAUCCACACAUGCUGAACUUCCUGAAGCAACUGCGGGUGGACUGGCCCGCUGCCUCAGAGAGAAUCUCCACGGAAAUUCUGAGGAGCCGCGCGCUUGCACAGCUUACCUCUGCUCACAAUGGGGGUACACUGACCCCCGGCGUCCUGGGCAGUCUGUGUCUGAAGGAGCUGGUCAAAGAACAGGGCCGCGCAGCUGGCUAUGACCCCAACGUGGACAACUGUCUGGUGACUGAGGAUCUCCUCUCUGUGUUGGCCGAGCUGCAGGAGGCUCUGUGGCACUGGCCCAAGGACAGCUACAGAGGCCUGGCUGGAGCCCCAGAUGCUGAUGCAGACAGCUGCCUGGUUAUACAUGUGGUGAGCUGUGAGGAGGAGUUCCAGCAACAAAAGUUGGAUCUGCUUUGGUGGAAGUUGGAUGAUAAGGCUCCACUCAUACAGAAGCACCUGGUCUGUGGCCCAGUGAAAGUAGCUGGUACACCUGGCACUCUGAUGACUGCCCCUGAGUACUAUGAGUUCCGGCAUGCCCAGGUAUGCAAGGCCUCAGCACUGAAAUAUGGUGGGAAUCUGGCACAAGACCCAGCCUGGACAGAGAUCUUUGGGGUUCUCUCUGUGGCCACCAUCAAGUUUGAGAUGCUAAGCACAGCCCCACAGAGUCAGCUCCUCCUGGAUCCGGCUGAUAGCACCAUCUCCACAAAGGGCACAAAAAGUGGUACCUUUGUCAUGUAUAAUUGUGCUCGUCUUGCCACACUCUUUGAAAGUUACAAGUGCAGUAUGGAAAAAGGUCUAUACCCUACUUUUCCACCUGUGAGCAGUCUGGACUUCUCACUACUACAUGAUGAGGUUCCUCCCCUUCCCAGACCUAAUGAGCCAGACCGCAGUCCUGGACCACACAGCCCCAGGGCUCCACAUCACUGUACACACAGAAACGAUGUGCAAGUUUCUGGUACAACUUAGCAUGGAUUUCAGCUCAUACUACAACCGGGUACACAUCCUAGGGGUAAGCACACAGCAAAACGGGGUAGGAGGUGCAGAGUAAAGGUAAGGACAGCAGAGGGUAAGACCAGCAGCCCUUUCUCCUCCAGGAGCCUCGACCACACCUCUUUGGUCAUAUGUUUGCCCGCCUACAGCUUCUGAGGGCCAUUCGUGAGGUGCUCCACACUGGCCUGGCUAUGCUGGGUCUUCCUCCACUGAGCCACAUCUAAGGCCACAGAGGCCCCAGUAUCUGGGAAUGUUCACAAAGUCAUCAACUGGGGAAAAAAACCAAAGCCCACACACGUCAAGAGUCUGGAGCCAAAAUAAAAUGCUAUUGUUACAAA